AUGUCCACAGAAGAUACACCCGAUAACUACAUUCAGGAGAGAUUAGAUGCCUUGUCCGAUAUAGAUUUCAAGAUAGUUUCCCUCCUUGAAAACUUUUCUUCCUUUUUUGAAACCUAUUCAAAUAAAAAUAAAGACCAAUUUACAAGCGGUACCAAGCAAAUUUUCGACACAUUAAGCAAAGUGGCGAUAGACCUACGAAAGGAAGUAAAACAUAUGGAUGAUAACAUUGGAGUCUAUGACAAGAACAAGGAUGGGAUUAUGAUUCUUCCCAUAAAUGUUGAUCAAAAAAAUGGUGAACUAGGCAAGCUAAAAUUGAAUUCGGAAUUGAAAGAAUUGGCUGCGUUGUUACAUGACGGGAAAGAUAGUCAAGUUGAGGUCAAAGAUGAAUCCUUGAACGAUAAUGGCAAGUCAAAGGAGACUAACGAAGAAAGCAAAGAGAAAGCAUCCGAGAGUCGCCCGAAAGAUACAGAAGUUCAAGACGUGGAGAUGAUUAACUAA